AUGGCUAUUGCGAGUAAACGUUUAGCUAAAGAGCUUGCGAAGAUCCAACAAAGUCUUCCACCAGGAAUAACCCUCGUGUCCGCCGACGAUUUCACAGAAUGGCUUCUCGAUAUCCGCGUCUUGGAUGCGAAUCCCAUCUACCAAGAUCAAACGUACCGGCUAAAGUUUAAAUUCACACCCAACUAUCCCAUCGAACCCCCCGAAGUAACCUUCCUCCCGCUCAGCACACCCCCCCGACCAAUCCCCAUGCACCCACACAUCUACUCCAACGGGAUAAUCUGCCUCGAUCUCCUCGGAACACAAGGCUGGUCACCCGUGCAAAAUGUCGAAAGCAUAUGCAUGUCUUUACAAUCCAUGUUAACCGGCAAUACAAAGAAUGAGCGUCCCGAGGGCGAUCGCGAAUUUGUGAAGUAUAAUACCAAGCGCCCCAGGGAUAUUAAUUUUUAUUAUCAUGAUGAUGGGGUUUAA